GAGGUGGGCAUAAUGGGCGGGAUGGGCAGCUAUGGCAGCGGUUUCUUUGGUACUGCCGGCACAGGGGGGGUCGGUGGCAGUGCUACCUCGGUGGCUAGCGACUACAGCAGCAGCAGCACCAAUUGCUUCUACGCAGCCAAUGCAUCCCAGGCGGCACCGACGCCAAGUGUAGUCAAUCCAACAACAAUGUUGUCCAACUAUUGUGACGCAGCUAUGAUGAUGGCAGCGGCAGCAGUGAAUGCCAAUCAAUGCCUCCAACAGCAUCAUCGAAUGAUGCUCGCCAGCAGCAAUAGCAGCAGCCAAAAUCAGGCGAGCGAUCACAACAGCCACGACUGCAGCGACGACAUGGACGAAACAACUGGUACAACUGUGGAGGCAGGUGCGAUUGCGCCAGCGGCAUCCGCCUCUUCAUCCGCAUCAUCGAGAACAUCGACGGCAUCAACAAGCGCUUCAUCAUUGUCAACAUCAACGCUGGCACUGUCAGCUGCCAAUUCCUCCACUGCCGGCACAGCAACAGCCGCACCUGCGACAGCAGCAGCUGCAACGGCGGCAAUCAUCAGCCAACAAUACCAACAGCAGCAACAACGCAGCGCCCAACACUCACAAUCGCACUCCCAGCUGCAUGCACACCACCCCGGACACAAUCACCACCUCCACCUCCAGCAACCGCAACUGCAACACCAGCAGCUGGCAUCGCCACCAAAUCUAAUCGAUAUUAGCGAAGUUCCUCUCAUUGUCGAUGUCAAGUAAAAGUAUAAACGAGUAGUGUAGUUGUAAUUGCAGAAAAACAGAAAGUAGAAAAUAUCCUUAAAAAAACAAAAACAACAAGAGAAAACACAAAAGAAAGUUGAAAUUAAAAUUUACAUAAACAACAAAAAAAAAAAAAACAAAAAAAAAAUUAAGGAAGCUGAAGUGAAGACAUGAAAUAUUAGCGUAAAUUUUUACCUUUUAGAGUUGUUAAAGCGCAAUUUAUUUGAAAUGGGAACGCUGUCGUGCUUUUGUAAAUAUUUUUAAUUAAUUAAUAUUUAUAUAGUAAUUUAUUUAUUUGUUUAUUAAGUUAUACAAAUGUUUCACCCAAACUAUGAAGCUUGAAGCCAAAACUCCGAGUAGAAAAAAUACAGAAAAAGAAUAGAAGCUGAAGAAAAAUUUAAAAAGUGCAUGCGAAUUAAGGGGGGAAACCGGCUUAGGAGGCCAAAAUUUUGGUGUUUUUCGAGAAGUUUUUGGACAAAGAAGGAAUAAUCAGAAAUUGUUUAAGUUUAGAGGAUAUUUUAUUUAUAUUUUUAGGUACACCUUUACAUUUUUUUUAAGCUAUUUCCGCGGGAGAUAGUGGCGUUAGUGCGUGCUGUCCAUGGACGAUCGCCAUCCGAGUGUCUUGCUGGUCGGAAUUCCUAAAGUUGCAAUUUUUCUCUGAAAUCAACAGCAAUUUUUUUUUAUUAGCAACAUAUUUCUUAAGAAUAUGAACCUAAUUGUGGUAAAAAAAUAUUGAGAAUUGCAUGCUUUUGAGGCGCUUGAACACAAAGUAGUUUUUUUAUACCAUAUUUUUUCAACUACAUAUUUUGCUUAAAAACAAUAUUUUAAAUAAGAAUAUAAUCCCAGAAUUAGGUUCAUAUAAAUUAGAAUUGAAUAAAGAAAAAAUUCCGAAAAAUUUUAGAACGAUUGGUCGAUAACUUUUUAAGCUAGAAUGCCCACCAGUUUGAAAAAAAAUCGUUUCGAGAAAAACACGUUUGAAAUAAAGCAUCGUAUCGUAAGCGCUACGGGGCCGAACCGACGGGCGCUUAAGUGCUCAUAGCAUCGGGAAUAAUACGAAUUCAGCUUUAAAGUUUUUACCACAUAUUCUUGAGUAGUUGUACUAACGAUUUAUGCAAUAAAAAACUCGAUUUUUUGAUCGAUUUAAACCGGCUUCCCCCCUUAAAAAAUCAAGCACCGUUACAAACAUUUUUAAUAGAUUUUACACAACGAGGCUCAAAAUAUUUACAACUAAAUUUGUAUUUGUUUUUUCAAUUUUUUUUUUGUUUUUGUUUUUUUUUUGUUUUGUGUAAAAUAUUCCUAUUCCUAUUCCUAUUUCUGGUAGCUAAUUUUUGUUUUUUUCCAAUUUUUUGUUUUGUUUUUGUAAAAAACUCCUAUUUCUGGUGUCUAAUUUUUUGUUUCUUUUCCAAUUUUUUUUGUUUCUUUUUUUGUGCAAAAAACUCCUGUUUCUGGUGUCUAAUUUUUUUUCCAAUUUAUUUAUUUUUUUUGUUUGUUUUUUUUUUUUUUUGUAAAAAACUACUAUUUCGGGUAGCUAAUUUUUUUCAGUUUUAUUUUGUGUAAAAGACUCCUAUUUAUGGUGUCUAAUUUUUGUUUUUUUCCAAUUUUCUUUUCCCAUUAAUUUUUUGUUUCUUUUUUUGUGUAAACUAUUCCUAUUUCUGGUAGCUAAUUUUAUUCCAAUUUUAUUUUGUGUAAAAAACUCCUAUUUAUGGUGUCUAAUUUUUGUUUUUUUUUUUCAAUUUUCUUUUCCAAUUUUUUUCCUUUUUUUUUGUGUAAAAAACUCUUAUUUCUGGUGUUUAAUUUUUGUUUUUUUUUUUAAUUAAUUUAGUUUUUUUUGUUUUUUUUUUGCAAAAAAUUCUACUCUUGGCGGCUUCAAGUGACAUAUCCUUGAAACAAAGCAAUACACAAAUUGAACACAAACUAGAAGGGAGCAACAGAGUUUCGUUAAACGAAACUUUGCAUGAUUUUCCAAAAGGGCAACAAUUUUCGUAGAUUUAAGCAAACGUGAAACAAAUAUUAAUGAAUGGAAUGGCACUGAAUCUUACUUAAUUUCAGUUUAUACUUUAAUACUUACUUUAAGUUUAAAAAAAGUUUUAUCGCAACAACAAAUUUAUUAACAUUAUUUGUACGCGUAAUUUGAACUAAGCAAAAUAGCUCUUCGAUUUUUAACUUUUUUUAGAAUUUUACUCUUUAAUCUUUCUUCAUUUUACCCAGCUUUAUCAAAUUAUUCAGUCUGUUUUUCGCUUUCAAGUGUCUUUUGUGCUCAACUGUGGCAAUUUUGUGCUUUAAUUCAAUUUUAGAAUUGAGUAAAAUUUUAAAUUUUACAUUUUACCCUUAAAGGUACAGAAAAAAUUAUUUUUAAUUACGCAGAAUUUAAUUAGCAAAUUUUUUAUUUUAUUUUAUGUGAAAUCAAAACCAGUGCAACUUUAGUUUUAAGUUGAAAAAGAAAACAUAUAAUUUUUUU